CCUGACUCAGCCGUCCCAAUCUCUUUUCCUAUUUUUCCAAAAAGCCCGCUAGCCUUUUUCUGACGUGUCUCCCAAUAUUCUAUUCCAAUUAACCAAUAAUUAUCCUCCACAUCACCAUCUUUUAAAAAGUCUUUACUAUUUUAAUUAGUUGUGCGUACCAUUCUCUUAAUUAUAUUACCUCAACAUCCUUAUAAAAACCUUACACAACCUCACCUUCCAAAACCUCCUCUUUUCUUCACCAACUCCUCAUUCACAUAAAAGCUCAUAUCUCUCUCUCUCUCUCUCUCUCUCUCUCUUUCUCUCUGUGUAUUAAAAUCUGAUUUAUUUUUUAUUUUUUCUAAUUUCUUGUAAUCAAAGCUAAAGCUGAGCUGAGCUGAGCUGAUAAUUCAGAAACUUUGAUAGACGAUACAUAGUAAAUAUCAUAGCAUGGAGAUACCAGUGAUCAACAGGAUAAGCGAUUUGGAGCUUUCAUUGCAAAACCCAUCAAUGUUUUCUCGGGUUUUUUCGGUUUCUGGCUUCGAAGCCAUUCGAUUUUGGAAAUGGGGUGCUCUGGUUCUUGCUCUAGUCGCCUCGUUUAGCGCAAUAAUGAAGAGGGUCAGGAUUUUAAUCGUGAAAUUCCAAAGAGCAAGUUCAGCAGCUUCUGAACCUCUCUUAAAACUCGUCGACGACGACGACGACAUUUACAGUAGCGACGACGACGACGACGACGACGACACUUCUUCUGUGUCGUCUUCUAUAGAAGAAGAAGAAGAAAAACCCAUGGAUGAAGAUUUCCGGGUCGCCGGGUCGGGUCGUGGAUACUUCGGAAGAAGUCAAGGGCAAAGGCGUAAUUCGAAGCUAUGGCAACGGUUCUCGUGGACAGACUUGGCUAGUGGUAGCGUUGUGAAGCUGUGGGAUCAUUUGGGUUUGGGGUUAGACUUUGAUGGCAAAGUUGACGGCGACCUCAUUUCCGUUUACGAUAUGAACAGGGAACAAAGGGUAACGUCUCUUUUUGGCGGGAAAUCGGGUGUGAUGGCCGUGUCGCCGUUAAAUUCGGGGUCUGUUGUGACAGCGGCGGAAAAGGGUGUGUCUGGAAACGUGUCGCUGAAGGUGUGGGACACGCGUGUCCGGUGUCGGAUACCUGAGAUACUCGCUGAAUGGGGGCCACAGCUUGGGAAAAAGAUCGUGGCCGUUGGAUACGGCGGUGUCGGAAAAGUGCACGUUAGAGAUGACGACAGCGAGGUUGUUGGGGACAUUAGGAACGUUACAUCGCCGUUAGUGGAUUUAACGGUAUCUGAUGUGGACACGUGGUGGGACGCCGAUGCCUUUAUUGCUCCAGACGAGUUGUAAUAAUUAAAUUAAUUACGAGUUGUAUUCGCUCCUCAAAAAAAAAAAA